AUGCCUAGCUAUGCAAAGUUCUUGAAGGACAUACUAUCAAAUAAAUGCAAGCUAGGAGACCAUGAGACAGUGAUGCUAACAGAGGAGUGCAACGCUAGAAUUCAAAAAAAGCUUCCGCCGAAAUUGAAAGAUCCAGGGAGUUUUAUUGUCCCUUACACUAUUGGUGAAAUUUACUUUGAUAAAGUUUUUUGUGAUCUUGAUGCAAGUAUUAAUUUAAUGGCUCUAUCUGUUUUCAGGAAACUUGGCUUGGAAGAGGCUAAGGCAAUUGAACCAGAUCCAUCAAUCCAGUUGCCACAGAAUAGAUCCAUUUGCUUAACCAUGCUUGCAACCAAUUACCCAAGCAGCUUUCUUGUAAAAGAAGAAGAAAGAAGCAUUAGAAAAGGGGAAAUAGAAGAAUGCGUCAUCAAAAUAGAACUGACUAUUAUUGAGACUACUACUUCCUUUUCCAUCUAA